AUGGGUGCUGAGGGUAUGCCAUGGGAUGGAAAUGACCAGGAACCAGUUCAUGAUGAACAAACUGAUGAUGCCAUAGAAGAUAGCGAAAGGGGAGUUCAGGGGUUGAUUCAAGAUCUGUACACUGCAGCAAGCCAUGGCAUUAGUGGUAACUUAUAUCAACAACUCAUGGAAGAGGCAAAUCGUGAACUUUAUCCAGGUUCCACCGAGGAGUCUAGGUUGACAUUCAUAAUUAAACUGCUGCAUAUAAAGGUGUAUAAUCGGAUAACAAAUUCUGGUUUCAAUGCAAUACUUGGGUUGCUAUCGACAUCGUUCCCCAAUGUUACUGGCCUCCCUAAGUCCUAUAACGAGACUAAAGCUCUACUUCGGAAGCUUGGUUUUGGUUAUGUUUCUAUUCAUGUGUGCAAAUAUGAUUGUGCCUUAUUUUGGGGGAAUCAUGCAAAAGUUGAUCAUUGCCUAGUGUGUGGUGAAACAAGAUGGAAAGUGAAUCAGGUUGGUAGAAAGAAAGUUCCUCAUAAGGUGCUGCAUUACUUCCCAAUAAUACCACACCUUCAAAGGCUUUUUAUCUCAAUGCAGCGGGCACAAAUGGCAAGAUGGCACAAGGACAAGAGGGUCGUAGUUGAAAAUGAAAUGAGACAUCCUGCUGAUGGAGAAGCUUGGAAAGAUUUUGAUGAUACUUACAAGAGUUUUGCUGACAAUGCCCGCAGUUUGAGGUUAGCCAUUGCUACUGAUGGAUUUAACCCUUUCGGUCAGAUGACUAAUUCAUAUAGCAUCUGGCUAGUGAUAGUGGUUCCUUACAAUUUUCCACCAUGGAUAUGUAUGGGCCAAUCUAAUUAUAUGCUUUCUUUGAUUAUUCCCGGCAAGAAAUCACCAGGCAAAGAUUUCCAUGUUUUCAUGCAACCUUUGAUGGCAGACAUGCUUAAACUUUGGGAGGGUGUCUCUACUUACGAUGCAUAUGAAGGCAAAGAUUUCCCACUGUAUGCAGCAAUUCUGUGGGGAAUCCAUGACUAUCCUGCACUAGGCACCAUGUCAGGCAGAAGCACUGGGGGUUACUUCGCAUGUGUGCACUGUGAUGAGAAUCCAUGCUCUGAGUGUCUAAGAAACAAAAUUGGGUUCAUAGGCCAUAGACGUUUCCUCCCAAGUGACCACCCAUGGAGGAAAAACACAUCAUUCAAUGGCCACCAUGAGAAUAACGAGAAGCCAAGGAAGUUCACAGCAGAUGAGGUUAUGGGAAGGUUGGAUGCAGCUUCCUAUGUUCUAGGGAAAAAUCCUGAAAAGCCAAAACCAAGGAAACGACAAAGAAAUGGAGAACCAGUAUGGCAUCUGAAGGCUAGCAUAUGA